CAACAAAGAUCUAUUCACUUUCCUACAAAUACACCCUCUUCAAAUUCUAUCUUAGUUUUCACAAAUUUCAUCUAAAUGGGACCUACUUUAUUCAAGAUUGAAUCCGAUGAUACCAAAGUGUUAGAUGAUGUUCAUCCUACGCCUAUGGUGAAACUGGUUGGAUCAAAUUUCAUGGCUAACGACCAUGUCAUUUUAUCUGACGUCCCAUCGAAUAUUACUACUUGUUAUACAACUUCAAAUGGUUGUUUUGUUGGUUUUGAAGCUUCAGAAUCCAAUAGCCGACACGUGGUUCCAAUCGGGAAGCUUAGUGGCAUUCGGUUCAUGAGUAUUUUCCGGUUUAAAGUCUGGUGGUCUACUCACUGGGUUGGUUCAAACGGUCGGGACCUUGAGCAGGAGACGCAGAUGGUCAUGCUUGAGAGGUCUGACUCUGGUCGUCCAUAUGUUUUUAUCCUUCCAUUACUGGAAGGUCCUUUCCGGGCUUCUAUCCAGCCCGGAAAGAACGAUUUAGUUGAUGUUUGUGUGGAAAGUGGGUCCACAAAAGUAUCUGACACUUCUUUCAAAAGUGUCAUUUACAUGGAAGCAGGGUAUGACCCUUAUGCCCUUGUUAAAAAAGCAAUGAGAGUCGUUCAAGAGCAUCUUGGUACGUUUAAACUAUUGGAAGACAAGACGACACCUGGCAUUAUCGACAAGUUUGGAUGGUGUACAUGGGACGCGUUUUAUCUGACCGUGGAACCUCAAGGUGUCUUCGAAGGUGUGAAAGCCCUAGUCGAAGGUGGGUGCCCACCUGGGCUCGUUUUGCUUGAUGACGGGUGGCAAUCCAUAAGUCAUGACGACGAUCCAGUUGAUUCUGAAGGUAUGAACCGAACAGCUGCAGGUGAGCAAAUGCCCUGCAGACUGACUAAAUUUGUAGAAAAUUAUAAGUUUCGGGACUAUAAGAGUCCGAAACCGGAAAACCCUAACAAAGGCAUGGGAGCCUUUGUUAGAGAUUUAAAGGAAGACUUUAAAAGUGUAGAUUAUGUUUAUGUGUGGCAUGCUCUUUGUGGAUAUUGGGGUGGUGUAAGGCCCAAUACCCCUGGGCUUCCAGAAUCUAGUGUGGUGCAACCCAUGUUAUCGCCUGGACUCAAGAAGACGAUGGAAGAUCUAGCCGUUGAUAAAAUCGUCAAUAACGGAGUUGGGUUGGUACCACCAGAGAAAGUUAAUGAGCUGUACGAAGGUCUACACUCUCAUUUGGCAUCUGUCGGCAUUGAUGGAGUCAAAGUUGACGUCAUCCAUUUAUUGGAGAUGUUAAGUGAGGAUUACGGUGGAAGAGUAGAGCUAGCAAAGGCAUACUACAAAGCAUUGACAUCUUCGGUGAAGAACCAUUUCAAGGGCAAUGGGGUAAUUGCGAGUAUGGAGCAUUGUAACGACUUCAUGUUCCUAGGCACCGAAGCCAUUGCACUUGGUCGUGUUGGUGACGAUUUUUGGUGCACUGAUCCAUCGGGCGACCCUAAUGGUACAUAUUGGUUACAAGGGUGUCACAUGGUGCAUUGUGCUUAUAAUAGUUUGUGGAUGGGAAAUUUCAUACAACCGGAUUGGGACAUGUUUCAAUCAACUCACCCAUGUGCGGAGUUUCAUGCGGCUUCUAGGGCCAUUUCAGGUGGGCCCAUCUACAUCAGUGAUACUGUUGGGAAACACAACUUUGACUUACUUAAAACCUUUGUUUUGCCCGAUGGUUCAAUCUUACGUUGUCAAUACUACGCCCUACCCACCCGUGAUUGUCUAUUCGAAGACCCACUCCAUGAUGGAAAAACAAUGCUCAAGAUUUGGAAUUUAAACAAGUAUACUGGCGUUAUUGGAGCAUUUAAUUGUCAAGGGGGAGGAUGGUGUCGUGAAACAAGACGCAACCAAUGCGCUUCUGAGUACUCUCGCGUCGUGACCUCAACAAUAAGUCCUAACGAUGUUGAAUGGCAGAAUGGGAAACCACAAAUGUUCAUGGACAGUGUUGACACCUUUGCACUAUACCUAUUCCAUCAGAAGAAACUCAUCCUAGUAAAACCAACCGAUAACAUAGAACUUUCAUUAGAGCCAUUCGACUUUGAGCUAAUAACGGUCUCCCCUAUCACUAUUUUGGCCCAAAAAUCAAUACAAUUUGCUCCCAUCGGGCUAGUCAACAUGCUCAACUCGGGUGGGGCUAUCAAAUCAAUCACAUUUGUGUCAGAAGUCGAUGGAGUGUGUAUCGUUCAAGUCAAAGUCAAGGGUGCGGGAGAAAUGGUGAUUUUCGCAUCCGAAAAACCAAGUGAUUGUUAUAUAAAUGGGAAAAAUGUUGACUUUAAGUAUGUGGAUCAUAUGGUCAUAGUUAAAGUGUCAUGGUCUACUACAAGUUCGUGCAUUAUUGAGUAUGUGUUUUGAAAGAUAGGACUAAUCUUUCGGGUUUUUUUAUAUUUGUUUUUUUAUGUGGCAAAACUAUCAUCAUG